AUGGGGGUAGCUGGGGCUGCGCUCUUUCUGAAGUCCACAACCAACUCCACUGUUUUUAGAGCGUUGAGCUCCAAGGACGCUGUGGUGAAGAGGAAGCAAGCUUUCCACUAUACUAAGCGGCAUGGUGUGAGACCGCUCCCACCACUGCAGCCAGGAUACCCUGUUCUCGCUAGGCUGGACAAUCAGAAGACCUGGUCCACACCUGCAGAACUGGUUGGGGAGAUGCACUACAGGGUUUUUGCUAUGUGGCCUGACAUGGAAUCCGAAACAGACACUUCAAUUACGCUUGAGAUUGUGACCCCUGGUGGAGUUGUAAUUGAUUUUAAAACUAUCUCACUGAGGUCAGGAAUCUACUCAGGAAACUAUGUUCUGGGUAACAUUGUCAGCUUUGGGAAUUGGAAGGUGGUUGCUAAAUUUCACAGCCAUGCAGCAGAGAGUUUCACUGCAGAGUUUGAGGUUAAAGAAUAUGUGCUUCCGAGCUUUGAGGUUAAAUUGUUACCCCCACCUGAGAGUCCAUUUUUCUACGUUGACAGCAAAGAGCUUAAGAUCACCAUCAAAGCUACGUAUGUGUUUGGUAAGGAGGUAGAUGGAUCAGCUUAUGUGGUGUUUGGGAGAAUCAGUGGGGAUGAAAAAAAGAGCUUUCCAAAUUCUCUUCAGAGAGUCCCGAUCCAGAGUGGUGAUGGAGAAGUAAAACUGCUAAGGGAACACAUUACAGAAAACAUCGAUGAACUUGUUGGGAGCUCUAUAUAUGUAUCUGUCAGUGUGUUGACUGAGAGUGGUGGUGAAAUGGUGGAGUCAGAACUACGAGGAAUCAAGAUUGUGAAAUCCCCCUACACAAUCCACUUCAAAAGAACACCCAAGUAUUUCAAACCAGGGAUGUCCUUUGAUGUAAUGUCACAGACCGGCCGAAUCAGUCACACUGGACGAGAGACAGGAAGCAGCUUCACGCUGACCAGGACGGCGGGCAUGGAGCCGACAGCCAAAGUAACAGGCAGCCAGCGACUGACCUCUACAGGCGGACUGCCGGACGGAAACAGCAGAAAAAACAGCCGGCCAAGGACAAGCAGCAGCGUCUCUGAGCUCUAUGUAGUGCCUCUGCUGGCGUGCUGCGCCAGCAAACACCGAGGUCUGAACCGGAAGGACAACAUGAUGACCAGUCACCUCCUCUACAUGGAUGACAUCAAGCUGUAUGCCAGGAGUGAGCAAGACAUCGACUCACUGAUCCACACUAGCAGGAUCUACAGCAAUGACAUUGGAAUCUCAUUUGGACUGGACAAGUGCGGGCCACAGUCGGUGGUCUCCUUCAUUCCUGAUUCGGGGCCACAGUCGGUGGUCUUCUCCGUUCCUGAUUCAGACCCACAGUCGCUGGUUUCUGUUCCUGACCCGGCGGGCUCCUCUUUGGUGGUCACCUCUGAGCCUGCUCCUGAGCCACAAUCUGCGGCUCCCCAAGAGCCUGUUACUGGACCACAGUCGGCGGCCUUCUCAGAGACUGUUCUUGAGCCGCAGUCGGCGGCCACCUCUGGACCUGUUUCUGAGUCGCAGUCGGCGAUCCCUCCUGCUUCAGUUCCAGAGCCGCAGUCAGCGGCCACCUCGGACUCUGUUCCAGAGCUGCAGUCUGCGGCCCCCUCUGAGACUGUUGCUGAGCCGCUGAAGAGGGGAUGGCGUUCCCCUUGGGGCUUCCUGUUGAAACUGGGGCGUCGUCCUCCUCCUAAGGUCCUGCAACGGCGGCUGAGACGUCGUCCUCCCCCAAAGAGUCAGCAGAAACGAAGAUGUCUUCCAUCUAUAACCCUCCUACGUCACCUGACCCACGGCCAGCCUCCUGGAGGUCUGAUUCGCCUCCAGCCCUGCGGCCGGCCUCCAGAACCUCUGCCAUGCCUCCGGCCCAGCAGCGGGCCCCCUGAGACGCAACUUCGUUUCCGGCCCCGCGGUUGGCCUCCCAUAUGGGACGUAGUGGAGCAAUAUGACACGGGCUGCACAGCAGGUGGAGGGAAGGAUGCCAUGAAUGUGUUCUAUGAUGCAGGGCUGUUGUUUGAAACCAACUUUGGUGGAACACCAUACAGAAUGGAUGUAAAAUGUCCUGCACCAACCAGGAGGAAACGCGAAAGAACUAUCACGGAAGUCAGAACCACCUUGAUGAGUGGAUACGGAGACAAAUUACAAAGAGAUUGCUGUUUGGAUGGUAUGAAGGAAAUCCCAGUAUCAUACUCCUGUGAGAGGCGCACUGAGUACAUAUUGGAUGGCCUAGCAUGCAAACAGGCUUUCCUGCAUUGCUGUGAAGAGAUGAAAAAACAGAGAGAUGAGAGAAAGGCAGAAGUUCUACACCUAGCUCGCAGUGAGAAAGAUGAUGGUUACAUUGACAGAGAAAUAACAACACGCUCUAACUUCCCUGAAAGUUGGCUGUGGAAUGACAUCCAACUAAAAUGCCCCAAAGACGAUCAAAACUGUACGAUUGUGUCAACCGAAAUAUCUAAACCCUUACCAGACACAAUCACAACCUGGCAGGUGACUGGCAUCAGUCUGUCAAGAACUCAUGGUCUCUGUGUUGCUAAACCAUUGGAGGUCUUUAUCUGGAAACCAUUCUUUAUUGACCUCAAACUGCCCUACUCAGCUGUUCAAGGAGAGCAGCUUGAAAUCAAGGCAAUUCUCCAUAACUACAAGGAUAAUCCCAUAUCUGUACGCAUUGAGUUUAAAGAGGAGACCAGUAUUUGCAGCGUGGCUUACAAAAGAGAGUGGUUUAGACAGGAAGUCCGAGUUGGGAGACAAACUACAAGAUCUGUACCAUAUGUCAUUAUUCCCAUGGCACACGGAUAUUUUCCAAUUGAGAUCAAAGCAUCUGUUAAAAACUCUUUCCUCUCAGAUGGAAUCAGAAAGACAUUGCGUGUGGUGCCUAAAGGUGUGCUUAUACAAGAACCAAGAAAACUAAUACUAGACCCUGCUCGAAAAGGUGGCAGACAAGUGGAACAUAUUAACAGUGGCAUUUCCAUGGCUGACCUGGUUCCAAACACCCCCAUGGACACACUAAUCUCUGUGACAGGUGAGCAGGGACUAAAUACAUUACUGGAUAAUGCCAUUAGUGGGGAGUCUAUGGGUACUCUAAUCAAAGAGCCCACAGGUUGUGGAGAGCAGAACAUGGCUGCCAUGACUCUGCCUGUCAUCGCUGCUAUCUAUUUGGACAAAACCAACCAAUGGGAAGCUGUUGGCUUUGAAAAGCGCAACAAAGCUAUACAGCAUAUUAAAAGUGGCUAUGAAGGGCAGCUUAAAUUCCGCAAAGAUGAUGGAUCCUUUGCAAUUUUUAAAUCAUACCCAAGCACCACCUGGCUGACGGCUUAUGUUGCAAAGGUGUUUUCCAUGGCAAACAAUUUUAUCCACAUUGAUUCCAAUGUGUUAUGUGGCGCUAUCAGGUUUCUAAUUCUUAAAACACAGCAACCUGAUGGGAUGUUUGUGGAAAUUGGUGACGUAUAUGAUAAAAACAUGAUAGGGGAUGUUGGCGGUGUAGAUUCAGAUGCCUCUAUGACUGCUUUCUGCCUGAUUGCCAUGAGAGAGGCAAGUGGAGCGUGUUCUUCCAUUAUUGAUAGCCUUCCAGGCAGCAUGAGCAAAGCUGAAGCUUACCUAGAGCGGCGUUUGGAUAAACUCACCAAUCCUUAUGCUGUCGCACUGACAUCAUAUGCCCUGGCAACCAACAACAAGCUGAAUCGACAGAUUCUCUACAACUUUGCUGCCCAAGAUGGAUCCCAUUGGCCUGUUUCAAAGGGAGAUAUUUAUUCACUGGAGACCACUGCAUAUGCUCUUCUUGCACUUGUUAAGGACAAGUUCAAUGGUAUUAAUAGGAAUGUCAAAGUCACUGUAACAGGGAAUGGAGAAGCAAUGUUUAAUAUGGUAUCUCUUUACUAUGCUGUGCCGAAGAAAGAGGAGAGUGACUGUGAGAUGUUUGACCUGAAUCUUGAGCUCAUAGAUGAAAAAGUUACCGAAGAUGAAAGAGUAUACAUGCUUAAGAUCGAGGUUCUGUACAAAAACAGGGAGCGUGAAGCAUCAAUGUCAAUCUUGGAUGUUGGUUUUCCAACAGGCUACACUUUUAACAAAAAUGACCUGGAUGCAUUGUCUAAAGGGCAUGAUCGCAUCAUUAGAGAAUAUGAGGCAAACAAAGUUCUGUCAGAAAAGGGCUCCCUCAUUAUUUAUCUCAGUAAGGUUUCUAACACACAGCCCGAGGAAAUCUCUUUCAGGAUUGAACGAGAGAUGAAAGUGGCCAUCUUGCAACCAGCUGCUGUGUCAGUCUAUGAAUACUAUAACAAGAAACGGUGUGUGAAAUUUUACCGCCCUAAGAGAAGAACAGGCGAGUUAUUGAAGCUUUGUCAAAACGAGGGAUGUCUAUGUGCUGAAGAAAACUGCAAUAAACAGAGAAAGGAGAAAAUCAGCAAUGAUAUGCGUGCAGAAAAAGCUUGUGAAUCUACAGAAACAAGCAAAAUAGAUUUUGUGUAUAAAGUGAUUGUGGAGGAUUUUUUCGACAAUUACACCACGGACUCUUAUAUUGUGCGCAUUUUGGAAACCUAUAAAGAAGGAAGUACUGAUGAGAGUCCAAAGGGAAAUAUCCGCACAUUCCUUAGUUAUCAGCACUGCAGGGAGGCACUAGCUCUCAAACCAAGCAAAACCUACUUGUUCAUGGGCUCAUCGUCUGAUAUUCACAGAGUUGGCAGCUCAUACAUGUAUAUCAUCAGUGAGACUACAUGGGUCGAGUACUGGCCUACCCCAGAAGAGUGCCAACAGGAAAAACAUCGCCCUACUUGUUUCGGAAUGGAACUACUGAUUGAGCAGAUUGAAAUUUUUGGGUGUAAUUUGAAGAGAAAGUAAAUUAAACUUUUGAGAUAAGGUCUCGAUAGAUG